UUUGAGGGACGACUUUUUUCCCCCUCUCCUGCUCUCUGUUCUUUCAACUGUUCCUUUACACCUACAUGAACUGAAUCCAUGAUGAAAAGUUAUCGGAUCUAGAGUCGGUGUACUGGGUAAGCGGGAUGAGCCAUCAGUUGUCGUUGUCAUUGCAUGUCCGCCUAAUACUCCAUGGAAAGCUGCCACAGAAUGCAUCUUCUCUUUACACGACAGCGAGCUACUGCAGUUGUCCUACUAUUUUUAUUGUCUACCACGGCCUCCGCCGUGUCGCUGUCCGGUACCAUACCGGAGUGUGCCUUGUCCUGCGUCGACAGCUUCAUCGAAUCCGAAUACCCUACCGACGCAUGUUCGGACCUGACGAACGUCGACUGCCUCUGCAAGACCAACACCACUAGCGGGUUUACUCUGGGGGAGGGCGCUGUUCGGUGUGUGAUUGCGGAUUGCUCUGCGACCGUCGCAUCGGAGACAGAGUUGGACGCCUAUAAUAUCUGCGAUUCAGUCGCUGGGGCUCUCCCAAGAACACAUUCCACCCUCACCGCUACCGUUGCGCCGGCCAGUUCGACGACGAUGACCGCCACCGCCGCCACCACCACGACCACGACCACGACCAGUGACACCUCCAAGGGGACAUCAGGGGACUCGACUGGCACAUCACUCACAGCCGCUACGGCCACUCUUUCCCAACCAUCUUCAACUCAAGCUUCAAGUGUAUCUUCUACAACGCUGCUAUUGACAACACGUCGAUCAGCCUCGAGUACUGCUACCGCCAGUACUAACGCCACCCUGCCGCAGAGCCAAACUUCCCAAACCGCCAGUCUUGCCUCCACUUCCACUGCCACUUCUACUGCUUCCACUGUCUCCAGUGGAGGCUCGCAUUCUCUCAGUAAAUCGGCAGUCACUGGGAUCUCAAUAGCAUCUACCUUUGCCGGUGUCGCGGCCAUCUGGGCUGUUGUGUGGUUCUACUGGUGGAGACGUCGCCAGCGACGAACCGGAAGCAAGCAUGACUCGUUUGAGAUUGGUGGCAGCAUGUCGGAGCCUCCUGACUUUGGCAUGACCACACCGCAACGGCCGAUUCCUAGCCUGAACCCAUCCGGCUCCGGGGGGUUUGAUCCGGAGACUCAACGACUCACAUCGCCAUUACGAUUUCCGGAUCGGACCCCGCCUCAGGACCACCUUCGAGGCAAUGGAUCCGGUAGUGCGAUGCCCGGCGUUGGCCAUGAUGGGGUCGGAAUCAACCUGGUCCCAGAUCUCAACGCGGAAGACUUGGGGGACAACAGUCAGCAGGUCCGACGGUUAUUCCCCCAAUUGCUUCCCGAUCAUCGGCCUUCUGAUGCCGGACUCUAUCCGGCGCCGUUGAGAGUGAGCCAACAGUGGAACCUGAGACCGAACAGCAGUGCAACUCUGUUUGAAGAAGACUUGGAACGGCCGAAUAGCCUGUCGGGUCCUUCCAACAGGAUCACCGCAUUUCCAGGGUCAACCGGCGGCGGCAACAGGGCCGGGAGUUCGUCCACCGGAAGACCGCCCCGCGUCGGGUUACCGAGCAACCCUCGUCCGGUAAGGCAUAUGUUUGAAGAGCAGCAGAAUCCCUGGUCAAUCCGACAGGUCUCCAGCCAGCCUGAAAUCCCGCCGUAUCGGGAAGAUCCCCGCGGGGAUGAUCCGAUCUAUCCCAUACACAUACACAAACCCAACCAAGCAGCCCAGCCCGGCCAGGCGACGACGGCAACGACGGCGAUGACGACGGCGACUGGUGCUGGCCAGAGUCGGAGCAGGGACCGGCCGUUCUCUCAGGACACUUUGCGUCGCUUGUAUCCCGUUCCACCCGUGCCCAAUCGGUUCUCCAGCGGCUCGGUGACAAGUUUUGACACUUCGGACAUGUACGAUAAUACGCGAAAUAGCCGUCGAUGGUCUCGCCGAUCGAGCGGAGGGUACCGGCCGCUGACGCCGGUCAAGGAGGCGGUGACCCCCCUCAAAACCACCCCGAAGGGCACCCCAGAAAGGAGCCCGCCCUAUCCUCGAAUCCCUCUCCCCGUCAAUCCGCCGACGGAGAUCGUCGCGAACCCGCGCAUUGUCCGUCGCGACGAUAUCAAACAGAUUCACAUCCCGGGCAGCGGCGGUGGUGGGCCGUCCCACUAUGACAAGGCGCUCCCGGAGCUCCCUUUUCCAGACCAGACCCGACUCCGACUUUCCGGCUGACGGGCCUUUUGACUCCAAAUGACGUUUAUUUUGUUUAUAUUUUCAAUACCCAUUUUCCCCUUUUUUAUAUAAUAUGACGACGAUGCCUGGUUGCCGUUGAUUCUAAAUUGCCGUUCACUGUACAUUUUUUUUUUUUUUUUUUUCAUUUUUUUCCCCC